CCAUCCUCGUGUCUCUGUCUCCAUCUCUGUCCGUCCAUGUCUUUCACUCCCAGUGUGUCCCUGCAGACCAGUUAGAUUCCAGUACACUGAUGUAACUGGGAGGGACGGAGCAUCGGAGAGACGGGGGAAUACAUGAUCAGGUUUACACACCGAAGGGAGUUUCACAUGGAAAACAUUUAUUGCUGCUGAUAGUGGAGGGACACUCACACACACACUGAUCCACCCUGUGAGGCUGACGGACGCUCAGUUGAAGCUCUGAAGAUGAACUUGGCUCUGGUCCACGACAGACAGCACAUCAAGACGUUCUGGGAGAAGAAGAUCAACAAUGAAUGUGAAUACGCUGAGAACGAAGAGAAGAGGAAGAACCAGAGCGCACUCGCAAAGCUGAGGGAGGAGUGGACCGUGCGUCUGGACAACAGAACCAAACACCUGAAGAACGUCAACGACAACUACCUGAAGAAGGCCAAGGUGGAGCAGACAGCUGAUCAGACAGCUGAUCAGCUGUCUGAGGAGACAGCUGAGGAGACAGCUGAUCAGACAUGAGUCUGAACACACAGGGAUGAAGAUGAUGAUGACGAUGAUGAUGAUGAUGAAGAUAAACUGUGACACUGUGAUGUUUAAAACAAUAAAGUGAUUUUUUUGACUGAUGGUUGUUUUUACUUCUGAACUCUGACGUCAGCAGGUUCGUCAUGUGAUCACACAGCUGACACAGGGUUUAUAGUUCUGCAUUAAGUCCACCCGUGUUUUAGAGCCCACCCUGAAGUCUGAUGGCCAUC